AUGGAGCGAAAUCUGUCAAGUGACAACAGCUAUAUCUUCGUUCUGGGCGAUUCAAGAAUAGUGGGUGGCGACAAUGUUGAACCAGGGUUUGGAAAAUUUCACGCUUCUUUACAAAACUUAGACGGCCAUCAUGUUUGUGGUGGAGCAGUUAUUUCACACAGGCACGUUGUUACUGCAGCACAUUGUUUGGUCGGGGCCCAUCCACGUUUUAUAAAAGUUGUAGUUGGUACUGAGAAUUUGGAUAUUGGUGGGCUUCAGUACGAUGUACGGGCGAUUUAUAUACACGAGAACUACAACACCUCGCUUCGAUUACAUGACAUCGCAGUUUUAAAAGUAUCCGGAUUGUUUGAUCUUCAACGUGUUGAUAUGAUACGAAUGGACCGUGAUGAAUUACAAGAAAAUGAUAUUGUAAUUGUAACUGGGUUUGGUGCUGAUGAGCCAAAAGGUUCAUCCAGUCGUAAAAUGCAAAAAUUGCAACUACCCGUUUUUAAUCAAAAAACGUGCAGAUUUGCUAUGCGGUAUGCUAGAAAAGUCUUCGAUACUAUGUUUUGUACCUUUACAAGAAUUGGAGAGGGCACCUGUCAUGGAGAUUCGGGUGGCCCAUUAAUAAAAAACAAUAAAUUAGUCGGUUUGGUAUCUUGGGGUAUACCAUGUGGAAGUGGAUUUCCGGAUGUCCAUACUCGUAUUAAUUUCUAUAUUGAGUGGAUUGAGGGUACUUUGGAAAAAUCUAUAAAGAAAUGUUGUCGCAACGAACUGUAGUAUUAUUGUCAUAGUAUAGAUCAUACAUAAUAUUAUGACGUGUAAUAUAGCCGCGCCAGACAUACCUAUACACCUACAAUAAUUUAUAACAGUUUAGGUACGAAAAAAUGCAAAGCUUGGUGUUGGUAAUUUGGCAAGAAAUCUACAUUUACAAUGAUAUGUAAAAGUAUAUAAAAAUGUAGCAUUUAAAUAUUAAGUACCUAUAAUAAAAAAUCAAAUGAUAUGUAGGUACAUGUUUAUUCCUUUACUAAUUUUAAGAUCUAAAUAAAAAUUAUUCAUA